CAGCUCCCGGCGGGCCACAAAACAGCAGGCUUCCUCCAGCCCCACCAGGUGCAGGCCGCCAGGCCCCAGGUCUGCUUGUCUGUUUCCGGAAUUCUGCAAGGCAAGAAAAGGAGGAGAAGCCUGUCUAGAAUCCUUGCAGAACAGGAAAAGGAGGGGGAAUUCUCAACAUGGAAAAUUUCUGCAACGAAGACGGAAGAAAACCUGAGUACCAAGGAAAGAUGGAAAAUGAAGAACAGCCACAGGAUAACAGAAAGCCAGACUCAGCUUGUACUCUGGACUGCAAGCAACAUUUAGAAAAUGAGGAAGACAGUGAAGAUGAGUACCUGCUUUAUGAUAUGGAAAAGUUAAAGAGUGAGGUAAAGUCAAAAGAAGGAAACUCAGAUAUGGAGGGAAAAUCAGAGAGUGAGGAAAAUCCAAAGGAAGGAAAGCCAGAGAUGGAGGGGAACCAGGAGAGCAAGGAAAAAUCAGAAGAAAAGCUAGCCAGUGAGCCAAGGGCUGGAGGAAAGCGCCCAGCUGAGGAUUAUGUCCCAAGGAAAGCCAAAAGAAAAACCAACAAGGGACUGGCUCAGUGUCUCAAGGAGCACAAGGAGGCCAUCCAUGACAUGCAUUUGAGUAAUGAGGAAAUGAUAAAAGAAUUUGAUGACAUGGCUAGGGUGGAAGAUGAGGUGAAGAAAACCAAACAGAAAUUGGGGGGAUUUAUGUGGAUGCAGAAAAGUUUACAGGACCCCUUCCACCCUAGGGGUCCAAGGGAACUUAGGGGAGGCUGCAGGGCCCCACAAAGAGGCUUUGAAGACAUCCCUUUUGUGUAGGGCUCUGAAAGGCAUUUGUGCUUCUGCCUUAUACUGAUAAUUAGCUUUAGAUGUCACAUCUUAUCAGAGCCCCUUGACCCAGAUAGAGUACUCUUAUCAGUCAUUUUUUUCAUCAUGUGCUUUGAAUAAAUGUUAUGAUUCUUGGGAAAAAAUAAAACAACUUACGGUAUCAUCCACAGAA